UGGGAUCCUUGUGGAAAACUGGGAUAUCCUGAAUCACAAAACAGCCGUACCCAUUGAUGUGCCACAAAACCUAAACACUGUGCACAGCUGCUAACUAAAGAAACAUAGUAAAGAAAGAGGCGCAGGCCUAGCGUUAGUGUAAUUAUUUUGUUACAGUUGUUUAAGUGGCGUCUGAACUUAGCUGUUUCUUGUUACGUCGUUUUUGUAUCUGUUGUAACUGGAGUCUUUUACUUUUACUGAAAACUGACAAAAAGGUAUGCUGUAGUUAAUUGUCAAGUACGUUAGCUAACGUUAGCCUAGCUUAGCUGCCGAAUCGCCUCUGUACCACAGGACGUGAUUUGAGUAGAGUGAAGAGGUUGGUUUGAUGCGCUUGACGUCAAGACAAGAGGCACCAUGAGUGCGGAGAUGGAUGCACUGACUGUGGUGAACCAGCUGCGAGAUCUUGCUGCAGACCCCCUGAACCGAAGAGCCAUAGUUGAAGACCAAGGUUGUCUGCCAGGUCUCAUCCUUUUUUUGGACCACCCCAACCCACAGAUCGUCUACUCGGCACUAUUGGCCGUGCGCUACCUGGCAGAAUGUCGAGCCAACAGGGAGAAGAUGAAGGGCGAGCUGGGCAUGAUGCUGAGUUUGCAGAAUGUCAUGCAGAAGAGUACAUCACCUGGGGAGACCAAACUGCUGGCCUCUGAGAUCUACGAGAUUUUGCAGUCAGCUGGUAAAGAAGAGGCCGAACAGGCCGAGGCAGCAGCCGCCUCCUGUCAGCGUAAAGCCCACUUCUUCCUGGGCUCCAACAACAAGAGGGCCAAAACUGUGGUGCUGCACAUUGAUGGACUGGAUGACCCUACUCGAAGGAGCCUUUGUGAGGAGGCGUUGCUGAAGAUUCGAGGGGUCAUCAGCUUCACCUUCCAGAUGGCUGUCAAGAGAUGUGUGGUCAGGAUCCGUUCCGACCUCAAAGCUGAGGCGUUGGGCACAGCAAUCAAUUCCACCAAAGUAAUGACGGCUCAGCAGGUGGUGAAGACAGAGGACGGAGGAGAGCUGAUGGUGCCAUUCCAGGAGGACUCGGCGGUGCUGGUAGAGGAGAACACAGACAUCCCAGACUACCUGCCUGAGGAGGAGACUCCAUCCCAGGAGCAGGACAAGGCUGUCACACGCGUAGGCUCCAUCACAGACGGCAUGGGCUGGCUCAGCACGGCCGCCAACUUCCUGACGCGCUCCUUUUACUGGUGACCACUUCCUGUGUUUCUCUCUCUCUGCUCCCUGUUUUCUCUAAAGUACCAUCCAGCUGCAGCCUUAGCGUCUCUCAGCCUUGUCCCGGACUAAGCCCUGCCUCACGGCCCUACACUAGUCUAGAGUACCCUCUGCAAAGCCCACAGAGCCUGGCCACGUGUGUGCAACAAGUGCUGGACUGCUGAGUGGAACCUACAAUAACUUUAACUUGUGUAUAUAUUGAGCUACAAAUCCCACUACUGGCUGUGUGUGCACAACUAUAUACUAGCUGCAUAUGUAUCUCACAAGAUAUAGCCAGAGGACUUUAAAUCAGCCAAAACCAAAUAACAUUCUGGAAAUGUAUAUCGCUGCGUUGACAGUGUUGACAUAUGGCAGGCAUAUUUAAUUGUUCUGAGGCUGAUUUUGAAUACCUUGAAAAUUGGGAGUUCCUUUUUUUUAGUGUGCAUGAUUUUUGGUUGCUUUCCUCCUGGUGUCUAUUUUCAGUCAUUUUCCUUUUACUAUAUAUAUUUUUUUCCAUAUUUUUCAUUCUUUAGUUUCCUAAUUAAGCUGAUCUUUUUUCUUCCCUCUUUCGGUUUUAUUAGCAUGCUAUGAGUCUUUUGUGCCAAUCUUUCCUGAUGCCUAGAUCUGUGAUUUUUGUGUGUGCCUUUUUGACAUUUUACUUUAAUAUUAGUUUUUCAUCAUUCAUUCGAAUGAUUUGAGAGCUCUGAGCAUGUAAGAUGUAAUGUUUGUGGUGGAGCACCAGCUCCGCCAGCUUUUAGCUCACUGAGGGACGCCACUUAAGUCAAAAUAGAAACUUAGACACCAGCAAGACUCAGCCCAUUCAGCCACUGGCUCACAUGUAUUAGACUGUUUGUUGCAUACUGAAAGAAGAACUGAUUAGCUAGUUGGCUGAUUAAUAUACCACUCUUGACUGCGUUUAGUUGUUUCUGUCACAAAACAGGACUUCUCUGAUGAUGAUAUAAUGCAGGAAAAAAUCUAAUGUGAGUUCUACAGUGGCGGAGAAUUAACUGACAGCUCCUUGUGUUAUUUGCACAGACUUUAGGCUACCUCUGCUUUCAGCCCUCUAUCUCACCUGUAGUUUUAGUAAAACCCUAGAUCUGCAUGUUGAAGGCAAACCUGUUAGCUGCCUGCUUGUCAAAUACUUACCUGUUACCUGGACUCCCACCGACAUUUUUACAGUAUUGUAGCCCCACCUGUUCAGUUAAAUUUUCAGUUUAGCCAGGAGUGUCCUUAAAGCAAAGAUCACGUUGGUGCACGCUCACGCACACAUACAGAGGACUCACUAAUGCUGUCAUAUGAGCAGUAGUGGUAUACUGGAACAAGGGUGUGGUUAUGUACAUUUUGUAAAUGGUGCCUCAUUUCCUAAAAUCUCAGACCUUACAUGUGAAGGAAAAUUUUGUUCUGUUUUUGUAAUACUGAUUUGCAUUUUUAAUGUCACAAAAUAGGAUAAGAGGUUGUAGCAGCUAAUGCUAAUGCUCUUUGCAAGUUUUUUCCUUUUCUUUAGCCCUUACAACCCCAAUGACUCACACCAGGUUUAAUUAUUAUCUUCUCUGACUUGUGUGAGUGUCAUUAACAAUUAUUAUAUACAAUGCUGACCAGGCGACUUUUAUUGUUCUGAUGGUGCGGAGACGUCACAGUUGGUUGAGGUCAAAUACAUAGAGGACUGACACAGAAUGACCUGAAUAAUUUGAAUUGAUGGUGGCUAUUCUCUGGAAAAGCAAUAAUAUUUUUUGCAUUAAAUGUUGUGAUUAUAAAUCUGCAUCAUCCUUCAAAAUAAUGUUUUCACAUUAAAGGUAUUAGUUAAAAGUUAGGGGCAUCAUCAGUAUUUUCUUCUUUAUUUGUCCAUUUUGCACAGAAUUAACCUCUUAAAUGGCAUCAUGUAAUUUCAUUUUUAAUUUUAAAUUUGAUGUCUCAGCUCACACUGCAAAGAAAUACUUGAACAUCGUUCCUUAGAACUGUCCUUAUGUGUUGAUCAAAGUGUAAAUUUCCCUUAAAUGUUAGAUUAACCACAUCUGUAAGGUUGACAAAACACAAACUCAAAAAUGUAACUUCAUGUGAACAGACUUCAUGUGUCUGUCAUCAAAUGUAAUAUAAUGUAAUGCAGAUCUUAAAACUGUAGAUUCCCAUACAUUGUUAAUGCAAAUGAUGAUAAACUUAAAAUUUAAAUUUG